AUGGGCAGAGCCAGGCUGGAUGCGGGCUUCCACCUAAGCGGGCGUGUGACGGAGCCGGGCGGUCCCAGCGAGCUGGAGCGGAGCUUCCCCGUCUCCAUCAGCUUCGACCGCUGCAAGAUCACGUCGGUGAGCUGCACCUGCGACAACCGGGACAUCUUCUACUGCGCCCACGUGGUGGCGCUGUCGCUCUACCGCAUCCCGGCGCCUGCCCAUCUCCGAGACCCUCUCCCAGAUGAACCGGGACCAGCUGCAGAAGUUCGUGCAGUACCUGAUCAGGGACGGCUCCCCUCACCAGCUUCCCCCUCUUCCCUCCCCCCCAGGCUGCCAGUGCUGGAGACGGUGACGGCCGCCAGGGAUGUCCUGCACCAGAACCUGCUGGACUCCAUGCUGGCCAACCGCUUCCCCCGCUGGUUCAUCCUGGGCCACGUGGAGACGCGUCAGUGCGAGCUGGCAUCCGCCAUGCUCACCGCAGCCAAAGGAGACCCCGUGUGGCUGCACACGGUCCUGGGGUCCAUCCAGGAGAACAUCCACUCCCCCGCCCUGCUCUUCAAGCUGGCCCAGGACGCCUGUAAGACGGCGACGCCGGCCAGCGCUCCCCCGGACACCCUUGGCUGCGGAACAGCGCCCGGUGGGAAGCGGGAGGCAUCUAGUGGGUCGAGCAGCAGUCGAAUGAGGGUCAGGACUCCUGCUCUCGCCUCUACCUUAUUUCACUGGGAUACCUUGG